AUGUCGCCACGCUCAUUGGUUGAGACGUCUGUCGCGCUGACGAGAGACUCCUCGGGGCUCUCUCGCGGGACAGCCAUAAGCUCAUCCGUGAGCUGGAACACGUUCUGCGAGUUCCUCCUCCCAUUUUUACUCGAGCGCGGAUACGAACCGCCAUCGUACUGGUGUAAUUAA